GUUCUAUGUAACAAAUACAGUCGAAUGUUAAAAGUCAUAUAGUUUGUGCGUCUGAUAUUUGCUUCAUUCUUCAUCUCGAGAACAAAGCAAAUAAUUUCUUUCCAACGCAAAAUGCGUAUAAUAUUGCUAUUUUUGAAUAUAGCGGUAGCUGUUAAUCUUAUCCAUGGAUCAUUUGUAAAUCCUUAUCCGAAAUUCAAAUCGUUUAGUGAUGGUGGUGAUCCCGGCGAGGCUCUGUAUUUGACGAAAUACAUAGAAAAUGGGGAGGUUGAAAAGGCACGUAAUUUAGCAUUAGUCAAUCAUCCUGAAAUGACAAUAAUAAAUUAUGCUGGAUAUUUUACCGUCAACAAAGAAUACAAUUCCAAUAUGUUCUUCUGGUUUUUCCCCGCUAAAGUGAAUACGGACAACGCUCCCGUUGUGUUAUGGCUUCAAGGUGGGCCCGGUGCUUCAUCUUUAUUUGGCCUAUUCACCGAAAAUGGUCCAUACAGCAUUAGUUCAAAUGACGAAUCGAAUUUGCAACAAAACACGUUUCGGGGCUUAUUUAAAUUAUUUGCCAAAAAUGGCCCAAGCGGCUCCAAGCCAAAGUUAAUACCGCGAAAAUAUUCAUGGCAUCUAAACCACAAUUUGAUUUACAUCGAUAACCCGGUUGGUACGGGAUUUAGUUUUACUGACGCUGACGAUGGAUAUGCUAAAAAUGAAAAAGAUGUGGGUGAAAAUUUGUUACGCGCUCUACAACAAUUCUUCUUGUUAUUCCCAAAUCUUCAAAAGAACGAAUUUUUUGUUUCGGGAGAAUCGUAUGCUGGAAAAUACGUUCCAGCUAUCGGAUAUGCCAUUUAUCAAGACAGCAAGCGGGAAGAUAACGAACCACAAAAACCAAAAAUCAACUUGAAAGGUCUUGCUAUCGGCAAUGGGCUCACAGAUCCCAUUCAUCAGUUUAAUUAUGGUGACUAUUUGUAUCAAUUGGGAUUGAUCGAUUCAAAUGGACAUGAACAAUUUUUGCAGUAUCAAAAUCAGGGCAUCGAUUGCAUUAAAAAUCGUGACUUUGAUUGUGCUUUUGAUGUUUUCGACAAACUUCUCAAUGCGGAUCAAUAUCCACAAGGGUCAUUGUUUAAAAAUUUGACCGGAUUCAAUAUGUAUUUCAAUUAUCUCAAAACGGAUGAUAAUAGUGGUAACGCAAUGGGUGAUUUUCUACAGAAAACCGAAACACGUCAUUCAAUUCACGUUGGAAAUAAUACAUUCCAUGGUUUAGAAGGUGAAAAUAAAGUCGAAGAUCAUUUGAAACGUGAUGUGAUGAAUAGCGUCGCUGAUUGGGUGGCCGAACUACUUUCACAUUAUCCAAUAUUGGUGUACAAUGGCCAGUUGGAUAUUAUUGUUGCAUAUCCAUUGACGGAAAACUACUUGAAGAAUCUCAAUUUUAGCGGUGCCGAAGAAUAUAAAACAGCCAAACGUUACAUUUGGCGUGUGGAUAAUGAACUUGCUGGUUAUGUAAAACAUGCAGGCAAUUUAACAGAGGUUUUAGUUCGUAAUGCCGGCCAUAUGGCUCCUGGUGAUCAACCAAAAUGGGUACUCGACAUGCUUCUGCGUUUCACUCAUCACAAGGGAUUCCAAUAAUGUAAAAUGCUGUAGACGGUCAACUUAUUUUUUUCAUGUCAGUCAUUCAUAGUUUAAAAAAUAGCACAACACAUUUUUUUUUGAUAACAAAUGCUCUCUUUUAUUGGAUCUCUAUUGCGAAAAUAAAAUUAACAACAUAUAUACAACUGAUUGUGAAUAAAUAUCAAGCGAUAACAACUCGAAUCGACUUUGAAAUACAUUAUAUACGAACCAAUACUCCAAUAAAGUAAAAAACUCCAUUUAUCAGUUUA